GCAAUUUCAAAAAAGAGCGGGAGAUCUGAUACGCCCACAAUGGCUACCACAACAGAGGACAUUUCAGUUGAAGAACUCUCUUCUCCUCCGCCUCCCAUUCCUCCAUUGACAAGGAAGAUAUUCUCUCCCACUGGACGGGAGACUAACGAAAAGAGCAGGACCCCAACCCUCAAAGCUUUCCGUGGGAUAUGGCAGGCAAAAGUAAAGCCUGUGAAUCAGAAUGUGAUAGAAUUACAGCAAAAGAGAGAGGAGGAGAAGAGAGUGUUCGUCUCUCCUAAAGAAGAGGAUAGCCCAGUCUCCAUCUCUUCACAGAAAGCUCCUUCGGUAUUCCAGAUAGAUUUAGAUGCCUCUGAAAUAAGUGACAAACAUUCCGACAGUACGGUACAGGUCAAAGUGACACGCCCACGGCAGCUAUGGCAACCACUGUCGUCUUGGAAACGGAGGAACAAAGUUGUACCUAGUCCUCAAGCAAAACAAAAAGUCUCUGUAGCAACCGAACUUCUCUCAAGUAGCAAGACAUUGGGCGAUAAAGAGAACCUGGGACCACCAUCGUCACCUCCUCCUCCUCCUCCUCUUCAUCCUCUUCGUAGGAAAAUGGAGAAACUGAAUAUAACAUCAUCUGAGGAUUUGUUGAGUACCUUUACUCCAGUCAGCCCUUUCUAUCAACAACCAGAGGAAUAUUCGACUCCAAUUGCAUCUCCACUGCCUCAGACUCUCAACACACCAGAGUACAGCAAAAUAAAGAAAAAGAAUAAAAAACAGGAACAUCCUCCUCCUUUAUCCCCACCCUCCCCACCGUACCGAGGGGACAACCCCCGCUAUGCACAAUCCUUCCUCUCCUCUCCCUCUUCCCUUGUCCCUGAAACAGUCAACAAUAACGUCAUUAAGGUUUUAUCACUAUCGGACGACAAGGAUUCACUGUAUGAGUCUCUUCUUGAAGACCCAGAAGCUCAUACUUAUAGUGAAGUUAUUGGGUCAGCUCCUACUGGUCACGUUCAACUCAUCUCCAUCAAAGGAAGACAGUCAGAUGAGAUCUUAGACGAGGGAGCUUCCAUGGAAGCGGGGGCCCUACCCUCUCCUUUCUCCUCAACUCAAAUGCUCCCCAUACAUCAUGCUGCUGCCAAGGGGGACAAGAAAGAGCUAGCCGAGGUUCUGGGACAGCUUCCAAUGAUCCAAGACCCCGUGGAAAGGGUCCUGGGUAGUAAGAAGUUUUGCGUAAGAGAGGGGGUUGAUGUUAAAGAUGGAGAGGGAAGGACAGCCUUGAUGCACGCUGUACAUAAUGAUCAUACUGACUGUGUCCAGUUACUUAUUAAAGCUGGAGCUAAUAUCAAUAUUGAAGCAACAGAUGGUAGUACUUGCCUUCAUGAAGGAGCUUAUUCUGGUAGCUUGAAGAUGGUUGCAUUGCUACUGAGCUUAGGAGCUGAUGGAAUGAAAAAGGACAAUGAUGGCCGCCUCCCUCUCCAUUGGGGCACUAAUAAUUAUAAUUCUGACUGUGUCAAUAUACUACUGGACAAGGUUCCAGGGUUGAGUCCUAAUGAGGUCGAUGGUUCCCAAAUGACGCCUCUUAUGUGGGCGGGGUUUCAUGGCCGGCCUGAUAACAUGGAACUACUCAAGCAAAGAGGAGCAGAUCCUGGAUUAGUUGACUGUGAAGGAAUGAGUGCACUUCAUUGGUCAGUGAAGUCACGUGACCUCAAAACGCUUCAAUUGCUGUUGACUCCAGAGUCAGUCGGACUUCAAGAUGUUAAAGGGAAGACUGUCAUGCACUUUAUAGCUGAGAAUGGGUUUUCUAAGGCAGUUCCUAUUGUUAAAGGCACUAGUCCACUUAAUAUCAAUGACACUGAUCAUAACAAGAGGACUGCACUCCAUUGGGCCACUGUAUGUGAGAAACCUGAUGUCAUUAGAGCCCUACUAGCAGCUGGAGCUGAUUCUAAUAUCCAAGACACCCAAGGGAUGACUCCAUUGGAUUAUGCCCUCAAGAAGAGGCUCCCAUAUUGUGCCCUUCUCCUCACACAAGCUCAAGACAUCAAGCAUCAUGAAGAAGAUGAUGAUAGAGCUGGUAUCAAUUACAGACACAUACUUAGUCUUGGAGAAUCCACUGGUAUAGGAGUUAGAACGCUGCUACAACAGGAAGGCAAGGUUAUUGAUCAAGAGUUAGUUAAUGGGAAGCUAUCAGCAGAGCACACUUUGCAGAUGAAGGCUGUGUGUACUGGUGCAUGGAUAAAUAAGUUCACUGCUAGUGGUAGAGGUCCCUUGCAUCCACGCUUCUUAUGGAUAGACCCAACUACAAUGAAUAUUUUUUGGAGCAAGAAUGUUGAGUCUAGAUACAUUAGCAGUAAAGAAACAAAAAAUGAUAACUUUAUUGGUGUGAGAUGUUCUGCAAGCAGAGACAUACUGAGAAGAAAGGACUUUGAUCCAGUCACAAAGCACAAGUUUGCUUUCACUAUAUUCACAAAGAACAAGAUAUUAAACGUAGUAGCUCUCUCGUCUGAAGACUUCAAGACAUGGCUUAAUGGAUUACAGAUGAUCCUUAACCUUGGAAGUGAGAAAUCAGUUAAAGUUAUUAAUGCCAGACCAUCACUUAGAAACUACUGACACAUCUCUCCCCCACACUCCUCCUUCUCUCCCCCUUCUCCUCUCCCACUAAUAACCCUUCGAUCCUUCCUUACACACACACAUAUGCUCCAUUUCACACACAAAGAAAGCUGCACUAUAAUAUAUAUCCAUGUAUUUUAUAUUAUUUAUCGAAUGUUUUUAUUCCAACCUAUAAUGACUGAAAUGCAUCCAACAAUUUAAACUCUAAAA